AUGAGGGAAGAAAACAUCACCAAUCUCACUGAGUUUAUCCUUGUGGGCUUCCCAACCACUAUCUGGGUGCAAAUCCUGCUCUUCAUCCUCUUCCUUGGAACCUAUUUGUUUGUAUUGAUGGAAAAUCUGGUCAUCAUCCUCACUGUGUGGAUCAAUGUUUCUCUUCACAAACCCAUGUAUUACUUCCUGGCUACUAUGUCCUUCCUGGAAAUAUGGUACAUUUCUGUCACUGUCCCCAAGAUGCUUGUUGGCUUUCUCCUUUCUCCUAACACCAUCUCCUUCCUGGGCUGCAUGACUCAACUCUACUUCUUCAUUUCACUUGUCUGCACAGAAUGUGUGCUCCUGGCUUCCAUGGCAUAUGACCGUUAUGUGGCCAUCUGCCAUCCCCUCCACUACCCAGUCAUCAUGACCACAGAGCUCUGUAUCCAGUUGACUUCUGGCUCCUGGGUAUGUGGCUUUUCAAUUGCUGUAGCCAAGGUCUUUUUCAUCUCACGUGUCUCCUUCUGCAGUAAUAAUGUCUUAAACCACUUUUUUUGUGAUGUUUCUCCUGUCUUAAAACUGGCUUGUAAGAAUUUUUCUAUGGCUGAGACAGUGGACUUUAGCUUAGCUAUUGUGAUCCUUGUAUUCCCUUUCUCGGCUACAGUUCUCUCCUAUGGUUUCAUCAUCUCCACUGUCUUGCACAUCCCCUCAGCUGCUGGACAGCGAAAGGCCUUCUCCACUUGUGCCUCCCACCUCACUGUGGUAGUCAUUUAUUACACGGCUGUAAUCUUCAUGUAUGUUCGGCCUCGAGCCAUUGCUUCCUUUAAUUCCAACAAAUUGAUUUCAGCCAUAUAUGCAGUCUUUACUCCUAUGUUAAAUCCCAUCAUUUACUGCCUGAGGAACCAAGAGGUUAAGGGUGCCAUUCGAAAAACUGUAGUCAGUGGCUGGGGCCUAUUCUUGAGAGAUUCCUCUUUCUGA